CGGAAUCCCCUUGGAGGAAAUGUAGACACAGACGCGCACGGGGCUCUUCGCUCGCACGCUUUUAGGAGACACGGACUUUAAUUCUUUCUGCAAUAAUAUUAACUCCUAAACAGUGAAAAUGAAGGUCUCCAGCAUUGACUGCCGGCGUCUGAAGAAAAUCAUCAGGAAGGAGUGCGGGAGCUGCCUUAUUGUGGAUUGCCGACCUUAUUUUUCAUUCACUGACUCCAAUAUCAAAGGCUCUGUCAAUGUCAAUCUGAACUCGCUGGUGGUCCGGAGAUGUCGAGGGGGCCCGGUGCCUCUGCAGUUCGUCAUCCCGGAUGAGAGAGCCCUGUACCGCCUCAGGGAGGGGAGCAUAUCGGCCAUCGUGGCCCUCGAUGACCGGACGUCCCACUGGCAAAAGCUGAAAAAGGACAGUGUAGCACAAAUAGUAAUAAACACCCUCUCGCAUGUCGCGAGCGGGACAAGCAUUUGUUUCCUGAAAGGGGGAUACCAGAGCUUCCACUCUCAAUACCCUGAACUUUGCACUGAGGUGAAAACCAUCGACCAGAGCGGAACUGAAACCGAGAAAAGAGUCAGCAGCAACAGCGAGAAGCUUUCUCACCGCAAACCAGAUUAUGAUCAGGGUAAACCUGUAGAGAUCCUGCCUUUCCUCUACCUCGGUAGUGCCUACCACGCCUCUAGACAGGACUAUCUCAGUGACCUUCACAUCACAGCCUUGCUCAACGUGUCCCGCAGAGACAUGCAGCCGGCCAAGGGCCACUAUGACUACAAGUGGAUCCCGGUGGAGGACAACCACAUGGCCGACAUCAGUUCACACUUUCAGGAGGCCAUAGAGUUUAUAGAUCAUGUAAAGCAAUCAGGAGGGAAGGUCCUGGUACACUGCGAAGCAGGCAUCUCACGCUCACCGACCAUCUGCAUGGCUUACAUCAUGAGGACGCAGCAGCUGCGGCUGGACGAAGCCUUCGACAUCAUCAAGCUGCGGCGAACGGUCGUUUCGCCGAACUUCAGCUUCAUGGGCCAACUGCUGCAGUUUGAGUCUGAAGUCUUGUCCAAUGCCCCGGUUCACGCUAGCACGCCUGAACCUGCCACUCCCUGUGUCCCAGAGUCCGCCUCAUUUUUCGCCAAUGACUUCGCCACCACCUAUAACACCAAAAACUUUGAGCCAUCCGUGUUCACCAUCCCUACCUCUUGUCUGCAGAGCCCGGUCCACCACCAGUUCAAACUGAGCCCUAUAACUGCACUGCCUUAAAAUAGACUGACUGCUUGUAGUCUUACUUGAAAAUAAAAAAAAAAAGAAAUCAAUUAUCUGUGUGCCUGGUGUUGAAACCAGCUGAGCAGAUAGACGGGAGAUCAGCAACAGAGGCAAGAAUUGCAAAGAGUAUUUACCGAAAUAAAAGGACUUGAGGCUGAUUGGAGCGAUGGCUACGGACUCUGCUUUUUCCUGUCUUCUGAACUGCAGUGAUAAAUAACAGAGCACAGUAAUAACUUGCAAUAUACAUGCCUUAGGUUGAUAUUGUGAUUUAUUUGCCUAUUACAAUUACAGUUAGGCAUUUGAACCUAAUUUAUUUGAAAAUUAUGGUCUGUUUUUUUCAAUAAUGUGGAAAUUGAGUUGUGUUUAAUAAAUGUUUUCACCACUAAAAAA